AUGCCUGCCGAACAACAGCUUACUAUACCAUCCACUGAAUCCAUUGCUAAUAAAAUUCAGCAACUGUACAAUAUGUUUGUGGCACAAGUAGAGAACCGAGAAUCAUCCAACAAAAAUGUAGACAAACAGCUACGGUUUUAUUCCACGAAAAAACCAAGGACGAAAGCACCGGAGGAACAAAGACUAAAUAAGCCAACACUAAAAGUUACUAACCAAAUAAAAAGUGAUCUAAAAGGCAAUGAAGAUACUCCAUACAUAAAUAUUGACCCCCAUUUUGAACAUUCAUAUGGACAAAUUAAUCAGAAGAAGAAAUGA